UAAUCAACGUAAGAUCCAACAUGGCCUUCCCCCAGCCGAACAGCUUCAACUUCCCUUUCUUCCCUCCACCACCUUUUCAUCCCUUCCAUCCCCCACCCCCACCGCCCCGUUCAUCUCCUCCUCCACCUCCCCCGCCGAUUCGUCCAUUUUCUCCACCACCGCCUCCUCAUGUCCUUCCGCGGCCGCCUCCCCCUGUGCGUCCGGCGCCUCCACCAUCUCACCCAAAUGCUCCCCCUCCGCCGCAUGUGAGGCCACCCCCGGCCCCUGUUCCUCCCUCGCCUGCUCCAAGUCAUCCUACAGUGAUUGUAAUUGUCUUCGUUUCAUUGGGCGGCCUCCUCUUCCUUUCUUUGCUGGCUUUUGCUAUGUUUUGCUUUAUUAAGAGGAGGAAGAAGAAGGCGCCUGAAGAAAUGGACAUCGUUCAUGUUGAUGAGCAUAAAAAGGUCAAGGAAGAAAUUGCGUCCGGUCCUUUCGGACAGAAGGUCGUGGUGGUGACGGUGGAGGAUGAUGUGCACAUCGACGCUGAAAUGAAGAAGAAAGAGAGGUUUGUUGACGGUUUACAUGCGGAAUCAUCAGCGGCUAGUGAUCAGGUCAACGCUAGUGGCCAUGACCCUGAUGUGGGAAAUACUUCUGGGAUCGAACACCACCAUCACGAGCUUCAACGCAAGCCAACAAGCCACGAUUGAAACCACAUGGGUUUCCCAUAACUGCAUUCAAGGAUUCUAUUCUGUCUGUAAUAUCCCCCACCAAUAAACCCUCUGUUCGCUGCGUCACGUGCGUAAUUCUAUCAAGUUGGAUCAAAAUUUAUUUUUUUUUUCAUGUGUCAACUGCGAAGUAAUUUGAUAAAAACUGUAAUUUUUGAAUUUAAAGUCACAAAACUGUGUUUAAAUAAAAAUAUAAAAUCAAUAUGUAAAUUCAUUGCUUUGUAUAGAGUUUCACAUAAAUUGUGGGGGGAUAGAGUUUUCGAUACAUGGCAUUAUUUAUUGAUGACGUAUGAAGAUGUAGAAAAGGUUCCUCAUCUCACAAGAAUAUGGGUUUGUUUAAAAUUA